GCCCAUGACGCCGCAGCGCGGCCAGCGCAUCGGCGAGUCGCGGCUGCCGGCGCCGCAGUGGGGCCAACCCCACGAGCAGAACGUGCAGGGCCUGCCGGCGGCGGAGCUGGCCCAGCAGAGCACGUCGAAGGUCCCGCCGUUCUGGGCGCCGUACCUUGAGCAGCGCGGGUACCCCUUCAGGCUGUGGGUCCAGGACGUGAUGCUGUGGUGCGCGGCGACGGAGCUGCAGCAGCACCAGCGCGGCCCGGCGAUCGUCCAGCGGCUCGGCGGCACGGCGAGGGACCUCUGCCGCGAAGUGCCGGUCGAGGCCAUUGCGCACGGCAGGUUCGACCAGCUGGGCAACCUGGUCGAGGACGGAGUGCAGAUGCUGAUCACUGGGCUCCGGCGGCGCUUUGGCCCGCUCGACGUCCAGUCGUCGAUCAGCACCAUCGUCGAGCUGCUCACCUUCCGCAGGCAGGAGCGGGAGAGCGUCGACGACGCGAUCACGCGCUUCGAGGCGCUGCGCGCCCGAGUGGCGCAGCUGGACGACCCGUUCGUGCUGCCGACGCCGGUGCUCGCACUGCUGUUUCUGGAGGCCCUGCAUGUGCCCAAGGCUGUGUACCCCUUGGUGCUGCAGGCCAACAGCGGCCAGCUGCCACUGACGCUCGAUCAGCUGAACAGCGUGAUCGGGAUGGUGCGGCAGCAGGGCCACUUCGCAGAGCACACCCACGCGGGACCUCAGAACUUGGCUGAAGGGUACCGCGGCAAAGGAUAUCAUGGUCAUCAUUGGUUUACGGGCGAGAGCGACAGCGGCGCAAACACCUGGAACGACACGGCCGCUUAUAUGUAUGGUCAGAACGCAGCCGGCGCGGCAGGGAGCGCUGGAUCUACGUCCCAGCACUACGUGGUCCAGGACGACGAGGGCUACGACUGCUGCGCCGUCUGCUCGAGCUACCUGUACGAGGACGAGCCCGGGGACGAGGACUCGAUGACCGACGACGACGACUUGGACAUUUCCCAGUUCACUCAGGAGGAGCUGCAGGAGUAUUAUGGCGACUCCGAGGGCUGGGACUACGACACCCUGCUAAAUGAGUACCUGUUCGCGAAGCGCAGGUUUCGCCACUUCGUCCAACGGAACAGCCGCCGCUCUCGCUUCCCGCACAGCAACUGGUCCCUCCGCAUGAGCAGCGGCAAGGGCGGCAGCAGCUUUGGACGCGGGCGAGGCCACGGCAAGGGAUACCACUUCGGCGGAUCGGUGGUGAACCCAGGCUCGCUGGCGGGAGGAAAAGGCAAGAAGAAGAAGGGCGGCAAGCACUACAUGGCAGGCACGCCCGGCGCCACCAAUCCCCGAGGCAGGGACGGCCGCACCAUGCGGUGUCACGAGUGCGACUCGGGCAAGGGCAAGCACUUCAUGUCCUGGAACGCUGGCAGCGCCGCGACGGGGACGCAGCAGGCCGGGGCUCCCGCCGCCGACCCAACGUUGGCCGCCUAUGCGCCCGUGCCCACGCAGCCGCGGACUGGAGCCUUGUCUGGAGUGCUGCAUUGGUUCAUUGAGGACGCCCGGACGCCUGGCCUGCAGAUCGACGACCUUGACGAGGACACCUUCCGCGAGGCUCUGAGCUGGGAGACCCUCGACAUGCGCGACAACGUCGCGGAGCACGACAUACUGACGGAGAUCCAGGCCAGCAUGCAGGACCGAGCUGUGGAGGAGCAGCCUCCGGUGACAGCUGGGCGAUCAGCGGCCGUGACCAGCCCAACAUGGUUCCCAUGGUGGCGAGUGGAUCAGUUCGAGAACGCUGGCGGGGAGACCUACUUGGUUCGCACCCGCAUGAAGGACAGGAGCGGCGAGGCCCUGCUGGUGGACCCCGGGAGCCCAGGCAACCUUACUGGCGACGAGUGGGGCAACAGGAUGGCAGCGCGACAGCAGCAGGCAGGACGUCCACCGCCUGUUCGCACCCCACUUGACCGGGUGCUUGAGGUUGGUGGUGUGGGCUCAGGAUCUCAGCAGGCCACGCACGCCCAUCGCUAUCAACUGGCGCUGCAGGGAGGGCAAGCCGCGACCUACGAGGCGCCGGUGCUCCCGAACAGCAGCGUGCCGGCACUGCUCGGGCGAGCAUCGCUGCGGGACCAGCGCAUCCUGCUCGACUGCUUCAACAAUCGGAUGUACCGCAUCGGCCCGGGCGGCUACUCCCUGCAGCUGAGUCCAGGAUCAUCGCAGUACCAUCUGGAAGAGAGCCACGCCGACGGGCACAUCGGGGAGUUCGGGACCCACGAGGACGAUGGCAUUGGCGACUUCGACGACAUCCGGUCCGACGUCCUUGCCCGCAGCGACCGCACCGACUCCCGCAUCUACCAGGACGGCGAGCAAGAAGACCACCACUGCGACGCCAACCGGCAGCGACCGCAAUCGGCAUGGGUGUUCGGCGACUUGCAGAACCUGUGCCAGAAUGCGCUGCACGGAUGCGGAUAUGCGGCUGGUCGCAACUGUGAUGUUCACAGAUUCCUCGGGCAGGAGGAUAAGUGGGCGGAUUCCCUGCGCCACCAGCAGCCGGAGCUCGUUUGGAUCAGCCUGGCUCAGCCGGGCACGUCGCGAGGCACCCGCAACGACAAGCGAGCCAAGCGUUUCGAGUGCAAGAUCGCUCGAGCUCAACUUGAAGGGCAUCGCUGCUGCAUCGUCGAGGCGGACGAGGGCAGCGCGGCGUGGGACAUGCCCGACAUCCUGGAACUGCUGGACGACAGGAGGUGGCACGCAGGUGAGCGACGUCGACCUGGCCGAGUAUCAUUCGCGGACGACGUCGACGAGACCGGCUGCAAGGUGAGCGCGCUGACCGCGAGUUUUCCCACCGAGCAGAGGACGCGCGACAAGGCGCGCAAGGCAGCAGACCCGGAGCGCAAGGUGAAGAAGAGGCCACAGACAGUGGAGCAGGUCUUCGACGAUUGCGGCUCCGAUUUCACGAAACUCUACGUGGCGAACGAGUACGAGCUGGACGAGGUGUGCUACGGCACCGAGCUCAGGGAGGACCAGUACAUCGACGAGCAGCCGUACAUCAUGAUGUCCGAGUUCUUUGGCAUGAUCGGCUCGGAGGCGCACCUGAACGAGAAAGACGAGCAGCAGAACUUCUUCAGCUCAGUCAAGGAUAUGGACACAUACAUGAACCUCUACUACGGCCACCUGCAGCACGACGACGUCGCGGAGUUGUGCAGUGGCGCAUCUGGAACAACCCGGUUACUCGUGCGACGAGGAUAUCGGGGCGGUCCCAACUUCGACCUCAUUUGCGACUGCAACUUGAUGACGCACGAGGGCCAGAGGCAGUUUUGGGAAUAUCUGUAUCAUCGCAAGCCUCUUGUCUUACUUACUAGCACGCCCUGCACGAGCUUGAAAGGGUUUUCGGCGCUCAACAGGGUCAUCAACUACGACGGUUGGCUCCGCAGUCGCAAGACAUCAGUGGGGCUGGCCCGCAUCGCCGCUGCAGCGGCGUGCACUCAGAUGGACGCCGGCCGCCACUUUGCUUCGGAGCAGCCGCUGGGCAGCGACUUCUACAAGCUCGACGACUGGCAAUACAUCGCCAACAACUACGCGGUGGUGUGGUGCCAAGUCGACCAGUGCAUGGCCGGCAAGAUCGGGCGGCGAACGGGACUCCCGACCAAGAAGUCCUCUGAGUUCUGGGCUUCGGACGAGCGCCUGAUCGCCGGACUCAGGAAGUUUCGCUGCGACGGCCAGCACGAUCACGCUUUGCUGGCCCAUGGUGGCCGAGGACCCCAUCCAGAGCGUGACAAGUGGCGACUAGAGAACCCCAAGGAUCACGCGGAGUGGGCGAUUGGCAUCUGCCUGGAGCUGGCAGCGAGCAUUUCCCAGAUGGUGGAGCGCGUGAGGUAUCAGGGACACCACCUCGUUGUGUACGAGUGCUACCCCACGGAUGUCGGCAUCAUCGGCCGGCUGACCAUCCAUCCCACGAUCGAGGGUGCCCGGCGUGCCGGAGUGGUCGCGCGGCCUCAGACACACGACAUACCCGAAUACCUGGAGAAUGCCGAGCAGACAGUGUUCUCCCAAGAGCAGUUGGACCUCGAGAGCUACGACCGAGACAACCACCAGCCUCCGAGGAGCCGACGGCGAAUCAGGCACCGAGCGCCGCGCGAGCCGAAGCGCCAGAUGCCGAACCUGAACCGCCACCGCCUCCACCUGCGCCUGCGGAGCGUCGACCUCGAGUGGCUCGAGCGACAGCGGCGGCACGGCGACUGCGAUCGCGUCUGCCAGCAGCUGGAGAGGCGGAGCCGGACGAGGCAUCAGGUGGCGCCUCGGGAUCGGCGGACGCCAUCGGCGAGGCACCCGUCGCGGAGCAGCCGGCUGCGGCCCCAGCCGCACGAGCCCGAGGCGUGGAUGCGGGGACGCAGGCUCGAGGCAGUGACGAGCCAGGCUGGACCGCGUUUGACCUCGGGCACGCGCUUCGACUGCUGCACAGCCCACACCAUGAAGUCGUUCGCAACUCGCCUCAGAGAGCUGCUGACCAAGGCCGGCGCUCCUGCAUCUACGCUGGCCCUGGUGAAGGAGAUCUGCGACACGUGCCGGGUGUGCAGGCUAUGGACGAGACCGGGACCGAAGAGCAUGACGAUCUCUCGGCUCGCGACGGGCUUCAACGAGAUGGUGCAGUGGGACAUCCUCUACAUCGGCGAGCAGAUGGUGGCCCACAUGAUCGAUGAGGCGACACGCUGGACAGUGCUUCACAUUCUGGACCGCAAGACAGCGAUCAUGAUUAUCGCCGGCAUCACCCAGGGAUGGCUACGACCUCAUGGCCCCAUGAAGCUGCUGAUUGCCGACAUCGAGGGCGGCCUCCAUGGCGAGGAGGCGUACCAGUGGCUGGACCGCUGGGGCAUCGAGAUGAAGGCCAAAGAGGAGGGCUCGCACGCGCAGCUGGUGGAACGCCAUCACGAUUUGGUGCGCAAGAUCAUACACCGUGUGCAGGCCCAGCUUGCGGAAGAAGGCAUUGUGAUGCCGUUGGAGAUCGUGAUUAUGGAGUGUGCCCUCAUCAAGAACCUCCUCAUCACCGUGGCUGGCUACAGCCCCUACCAGGCGGUGCACGGCCGGCUUCCGCCCCUGCUCGCCGAGUUCGAGCCGGUGAGCGACUGCCAGAUUGACGACCAGUCGGCUGGCAUCCCAGGGAUCUCCCGACACCAUCAUCGGCUACGCGAAGUUGCAAUGCAAGCCAUGGUGGAGAUGACCGCGAAGGACAGGCUGAGGCGCGCGCUUCGAUCCAAGACGCGCGCCCCGCACGAGGCGCCGCAGCUGGUGGUCGGCGACCAGGUUGACUUUCACCGACCGCCGAGCACGAAGGAGGAGUCGGGGUGGCGCGGCCCAGCGACCUUGCUGCAGGUCGGACCUCCAGUGCUCAUUCGAUGGCAGGGACGAGUGUUUCAAGUACGACCUCAGGACCUUCGGCGAAGCCUCGUGUACAUCGUGAUGUUCACGAAUAACAUCUUCUUCGAGGCAGGAUCGCGCGACCCGGUGGCCACCAUCAUGAGCUACGCGGACCAGCUGGACAGCAAGGUCGUGCGCGUCGGGUGGCUCUUUGACGCCGGGUGGAAGCGGACCGCGGACAGCCAGAAGCUCAGCGAGUUGGUCCUGGCGGUGUUGCAUGUUGCCGCCAGUGGCUUCUAUCUGGUGGGCUGCAUCGGCGCUCGAGUGGGCAAUGGCGUGUCCGUGCUCGAAGGAAUGGUCGGAUGCGACCACAGCUUCCUAUGGUGGUGGCGGCGCGGACGCCCAGAGCUGUCCUGGUACCACGAGGCGUCGGGUUCUGCUCGAUUGAAGUUGGCUCCGAUAUUUGGCAAGGAACACUGGCGGGACGUUAGCUUCGUGCAGUUCAUCAUGACGGCGGGGGUGCUCGAGAGAGAUCGCGCUCACGUGAUGGCCCGGAUCGUGAUCAUGGAGCCCGAGGUUCAGGAGCACUCGUUCGCGAUCUGGCAGCACAUGAGGGAGCAGGCCGCACUGCCUGCUGUUGACACCGAGUGCGCUCAGAGCGACUUCUUCUUCGCAGCCCCGGACGCAGAUCACGUGGCGGAGGCAGUAGAGGAUGAUUCUUCGAAUUCCCGACCCGACUGCGUCGAGAUCGGCAUAGGUGCGCCGCUCAUGUACUGGGUGUACCCUGAGGUGGAGCACACACGACGCCCUGGAGCAGGUGAGACCUACGUCCUGCGCGUCUACAACACGGGCAAGCGCGAGAUCGUCGUCGAGCGCGAGAUGAACGUGCUCACGCUGGAAGAGGCCCGAGCUCACGAAGUCGAAGUACGUCAGGCCAUGAAGGACGAGCUCCAGCGCUGGGCAGAGUUGAAGGCAUUCCAGCGCUUCCCGAAGGACCAGGCGACCAACAUCAUCGACUCGCGCUGGGUGCUCAAGUGGAAGGAGAUCGACGGCAAGAAGCAGGUGCGCGCGAGGCUCACGGUGAGAGGCUUCAAGGAUAUGCAGUCACCUGAGCUGUCCACCUUUGCGGGUACUACGACACGAUGGGGCCAACGACUGGUGAACCAGGUGACGGCACAGCGCAAGUGGCGAUUAUUCUCAGCGGACAUCAGCCAGGCGUUCUUGCGCGGCCUCACCUUCGAGCAGGUCGCCGCCAUGGACGGCGAGGUGAAGCGGAAGGUGCAGUUCACGAUGCCGCCAGGAUCGAUUCCAGUCCUCCGGCAGCUGGAGGGCUACGAGGACUACAACCCUGUGACAGAGGUGUUGUUGCUCCUGCGCUGCGGUUUCGGCCUGAAGGACGCGCCGAGGCUGUGGCAGGUUAUGUUGAAGCAAGUGCUGGAGAAGACAGGGGGCAAGGCGCUCAUCAGCGACCCGCAGAUCUACGUGUGCCACGACGCUAAGGGCGAGUUGCAGAUGAUCAUGUCCUCGCACGUGGACGACCUGAAGGGCGGCGGCGAGGGCCACCUGCGGGAAAAAGUGCUGAGCAUGAUAGAGAGCGAGUUUGGGAAGUUGAAGCGCCAGUACGACUGCUUUGAGUGCAUCGGCAUCAUGCACGAGCAGGACCCUGUGACCAAGGCCAUCUGGACGCAUCAGCAGCACUACGUUCAGCAGCUGCGACCGCUCCAGGAGGACCAGUACGUGAUGGAGAACGAAGAUGGCCAGGUGAGCGUGGAGAGCCACGCGGCGUACAUGUCGCUGCUCGGAGGAAUUGCAUGGAUGACGCAGACGAUGGCGCCAAUCGCAGUGUAUGUCAGCUACCUCCAGCGGCAGGCCAAGAAGCCGGCGGUCGGAGACAUCCGGAAGAUCAACCGGCUGCUGAAGUGGAUCAUGGUGAACGCGAAGCAGCUCGGAGUUCGGUUCAUCGAGUUGGACAUGACCCGAGUGCGGCUGGCCGUCGUCAGCGACUCAGCCUUCCGCGCCAUGGAGUUCGAAGGCUUGGCGAUCCGAGGCUGUGUGAUCAUGUUGCUGGAGGCUGACGACGAGUUGCUUCAAACUGGAACGACGUACAGGAUCGUGAUGCUUGACUGGUACAGUCGAAAGCAGAACAACGUGGUCAGGUCCACCUACGCCGCGGAGCUCAUGGCGUUGUUGGACGCGCUCGGGACCGGCACUCUCAUGAAUGUGGCGAUGACCGAGAUCAGUGAAGGAGUAUGCACGGCGAACCAGAUGCGAGUGCGGCAGGAGGCUGGCGACCUGGUGUUGAAGAUGAUUGCUGCCAUUGACGCGAAGGCAGUUUUCGACGCCAUCUCCGCCGACACCAUCAAGGUCACCACGGACAAGCGGAUGUUCGUGCCGACGCUCGCAGCACGUGAGCAGAUAGACCGCCUGCAGCUGGCGCAGCUCAGCUGGAUCGACACCUUGGACAUGCUGGCGGACGGGCUGACGAAAGGCGAGCUCGACCGGACAGCACUCGUGAAGUUGGGCUUCAGCAGCGAGUGGCACUUGAGCGGGCUGCAGCCGGUUGCCUUCUCUGUGCGCAGUGUGCUGUAG